AUUUUAUUCAGUAUUUUAUAAGAAUUAAGAUGAUGAAACUAGGAUGCAUUGCUGUAUUGGUUGCUGCUGUUCUCACUCUUACCUAUGGCAAUGGGUCUGAUGAAAAGCAUGGUUCAACAGAUGUUGAAACUACCUAUUGUCUAAUGGAAAUGAUGGCAGAUGGUAAAUGUGGUGAUGAAGGAACAACUUUACGCCUAAGAAAAUGUAGGGAUGAAUUCUUUGCAAUAGGAUCAUGGACUAUGGCUACCAAUUGUGAAUGCAAACAAGAUGUGCCUAACAAUCGUACUUGUUCAUGUUGUAUUAAUUGUAAUAACGAAGCCACCUUACUCACCGCAGCUUUGCCUGUGCCUAAGCCGUUUCAUCCUAUUAAUGAUACACAGGGUAGAUGCAAAAAUAUUACUAACUAAUCUAUUUGGCUUAUGUCAAAUUUCAUCAAUAUGUUUAUCAUUUACCUAUAAGAAUAUUAUAAAAAUAUACU